AUGGAGGAAGAGGAGAUGAGUGGUGCAUCAUCUCAGACAGGCAGAAGGUAUUGCUGCAAACAUUUGACCAAGAAUUUCAAACGGAAGUUUCCUGGACCUUUGAUACUGAGCUUAUUCUGGAAAGCUAGUGGUGCAUAUUCUUUCUUUACCUUUGAGAAGGCAAUGAAGCAGUUGCACAAAGCAAAUCCUUUGUCCUUGGUGUGGCUUUCUAAAAUUGAAGAGCAAUCUACAUGGUCCAAACAUGCUUUCCAACCAAGAGUGAAAAGUGACGUGAAUAAGAGCAAUUUUGUUGAGAGCUUCAAUGCCACUCUAGGCAUUGACAGAUGUAGGCCUAUGCUCACAUUGAUUGAAGGUGUGAGAAGAGUGACAAUGGUGAGAAUGGCCACCAGGAGGCAAGUCUGUGAACAGUGGGAUAGGGAUGACAUAUGCCCUAAUAUCAUCAAGAGACUUCAAGUGUUGAGCAGUGACUCAAGGACAUGCAUUGCAUAUCUAAGUGGUGAUGGAGAGUAUGAGGUUGUGGAUGGAAGGUUAACAUUGCCCAAACAUGUAGUGAGGGCCAUUCACCAUGCUAGGCUUGAUCCUCAUAAGUUUGUAAGUGAGUGGUACUCUAUUGACAUGUACAAGAGAACAUAUGAUGGAAAUAUUAAGGCCAUUCCAGAUAGGGAGCAGUGGCCAGAGAGUUCAUUACCUGCUAUUGAACCACCAGCAUUCAAGAGAGGAGUUGGAAGGCCUCCUAGAAACAGGAGGAGAGAAGAGGAAGAGUAG